AUGCGUACCAUCUGCGAGACUUGGGUUCAAUUGUUUUUGACCGACGCACAAAUAUCACCAGAUGUUUUUCAAAUAACAUAUGAAAUUGGUGGAUUGGUGGGAACUAUGGCAUCUGGAAUUGUUAUUGAUCUGGCAACAAGAAAAUUUGAUGUCGAUGCAACUCGCAGAUUUAUUGCAGUUUCUUAUACAUGUCUUAUGAUGUUUUCGGCUGCAGGCAUUUUUGAACUUCCAAACUUGAGUUCAGUUUUUGGAUUUUUUGGCAGGAAUGUUUGUGAAUGGCUCGAUAAAUGUUUGGUGUAUGAUUGCUUCGCAAGCUGGACUUGCAAGAAUUCAAGGAACUGUCAGCGCAUUUAUUUCAUUUAUCGCAAGUUGUAAGUUUCUAGAACAUUUUCUUGAAAUAUUCUUUUUGAUCAAAAUUUUUUCAAAAAAAAAAAAACUUCUGAUCCCCCGAAAAAUCUGAAAUUUUCAGCUGGUUCAAUGCUUGCUGGAACACCUUUGGCACUUCUCAUUAGUUAUUUUGGCUAUCGCGUAUUUUUGUAUAUUUUUGCAAUUCAACUUGUAAUUGUUCUUGUUGUGUCAUCUUUCCGAGUUCGUCUUCGAAUGCAAACUGAAAAUGAAAAAGAAAAUGAAAAUAAACCGGAAGAAGGUACAAAUCAAGACGAAGUUACAACAGAAGAUUCGCAAGCAAAUUUGACAAGUCUCAAAAAGACAAAACCAAGAUUAUCAAUGUUAUUCGCAAUUUAUUCGUCGAAGAAAAUUCGACCAACAAAAAAUGACGAAGUUUCAAAUCGAGUUUGA